AGACGACUCCGGUGGCCCCGGUGAACGCGUCGGAGCCUGAGCCGAGAACAUGCGGUGGGGAUGGGAGUGUGCCUAGUCCCGAGACAGGACAGUCAGCCGCUGGCUGCCGAUUCCGCGGCCACAGAACCCGAGCCCUGCUGCGGAGCUCCUGUUGGACUCCGAGGCUCUGCCGCAAGGCCGCGCGUCCCUGCCAGCCCCCAAUCAUGAACACCAUCGUCUUCAACAAGCUCGGGGGAGCCGUGCUUUUUGAAGACCGAGGCACCCCAGAUCGGGAACGUGGCAGCCGGACAUUCAGUGGUUUCCUGGACAAUCCACACACAGGGCCGGAGGUGGGCAUACCAGAUGGCCCGCCCCUCAAGGACAAUCUCAGCCUGAGACACCGGAGGACAGGGGCCCGGCAGAAUGGAGGGAAGGUGAGGCAUAAGCGACAGGCCCUGCAAGACAUGGCGCGUCCUCUUAAGCAGUGGCUUUACAAGCACCGUGACAACCCGUACCCUACGAAGACUGAGAAGAUACUCUUGGCCCUAGGCUCGCAGAUGACGCUAGUGCAGGUGUCAAAUUGGUUCGCUAAUGCUAGACGUCGGCUGAAGAACACUGUCCGGCAGCCAGAUUUAAGUUGGGCCUUAAGAAUAAAGUUAUACAACAAGUAUGUUCAGGGCAACGCUGAACGGCUCAGUGUGAGCAGCGAUGGCGACUCCUGCUCUGAAGAUGGAGAAAAUCCCCCAAGAAAUCACAUGAACGAAGAGGGCUAUAGCACCCCUGCCCACCACACUGUGAUUAAAGGGGAGAGCUCAGCAAUAAAAGCUGGUGGGAGACCAGAGUCAAGGGCUGCUGAGGAUUAUGUGUCACCGCCCAAGUAUAAGAGCAGCUUGUUGAACCGUUACCUUAACGACUCCUUGCGACAUGUCAUGGCCACCAGCACUGCCAUGAUGGGGAAAACAAGGCGAAGGAACCAUUCGGGGUCUUUUAGCUCCAACGAAUUUGAAGAAGAGUUGGUGUCUCCAUCAUCAUCAGAAACUGAAGGCACCUUUGUCUAUCGCACAGACACCCCGGACAUCGGAUCUACUAAGGGUGACAGUGCUGCUAACAGAAGGGGACCAAGCAAAGAUGACACAUACUGGAAGGAGAUCAAUGCAGCCAUGGCCUUAACAAACCUUGCCCAGGGAAAAGAUGAAGUGCAGGGGACGACCACCAGUUGCAUCAUCCAGAAGUCUUCCCACAUAGCAGAAGUAAAGACAGUCAAGCUGCCACUGGUGCAGCGCUUCUAGAGUGGCCAGGAAGUGCUGAGCUGUCAGUGGGUUGUUUGUUUGUGUUUGUUUUUACCUAAAUCCUCAUCCUAAGAGCCAAAGCAGAGGUGAAGAGGACUCCCGUAAACCUCCUGAGUUCAACUAUCGUAAAUAUAUCAGUUGCUUCUAUAAAAAGACAUAUAAGUUAUAAAAACUCAUUUUAAUCAAAAAUAUUAACUUAUUUUUAUGUUACUGAAACUAUGCAUAAAGUAUCUGCAUUACCAUUACAGUAAGUGCCUUGCUCCCUGAGGUAAGCCCCAACGUGGGCACAGUGAAGAGCUGUGCCUCAAACCAUCAAUGCUAACACUUGCUAGACUGCAUCAUUCCCACUGGUCCAGGACAGAAGCCAAUCGCUGAAAGCCCAUGAAACAAUUUCAUUCAUUCACAUGUUCAAACUUGGAAAUCUGUUCAGCCCAGAUGAGGUGAUCUUUUCUUUCUUUUUUCUUUUUUCUUUUUCUUUUUCUUUUUCUUUUUCUUUUUCUUUUUCUCUUUCUUUUUCUUAACUUCCGGUGUGAUGGUGAGAAUUUUAUGUGUGGGUUUUGUUUGCAUAUCAGUUAGUGCAUCCAAAAUGAAAGGUGCAGCAGGACCACAUGAUGCAUACACUUAAGAAGAGAUGCUUCCAAACGAGUUUAACAUUGCAAUGCAGUCAAGGAUGGUUUUCCUAAGCACUGGUGGAAAGUAUCCCAAUGCCCUUUACAACUAAUUGGGAUUUUUUUUCCCCUGAAGCUUUAAAAAGAGUCUUAUAAUAUAAAUCUUUGAAUUUUUUUCCUGUGUAAAACUAAACCUAAAGUUUAGGUUUAAAACUAAACCUAAAGUUUAGUUUUAAAUCAUAAUCUUGUUUGCAUUAGAGCUCAGGGUUCCUGUGUGAUGGAAGCCGCUUUCAUGUGGAGUGACUAAAAGCUUUUUAUUUGGUUCAUUUCAAAUUCCAAUUCAGAUGGACAACUUGUAUUGCAAUGAGAACAAGACAACGAAGAAAAAAAAUCUGUGUGUAUAUGUAUAUGUAUAUACAUAUACAUGCAGAAAAAUUGAUUUUUUAAAAAUUUAAAAUGUAUGGGUAGCAAAAGAUGUUCAUGUAGCAUAGACUGUUUAGUCUCUGAUUUUUGCCAGGUAGGACAUUCAAAUAGAAAUUACGUAAAGUCUUGCAUUAAAAGAAAGAAAGUCUUGUUUCUAAAUGUCACUACCACAGAGUUAAAGUGAUCGCUAUCAAGAAAAAAAAGUGUCUUUUCCAUCAAACAGUAACAUCCUCCCCUGCUUGGGAAGACUGCAAACCAGAGGAAUGUGGAGAUGCCCAGGAGAAAAGGAAAUCUGGAGAUGGCCUAUAGAACAGAGCAAACGUUCAACAGCAAAGUAAAAAGGACUAGGCUAUAGGGGAAAUUUUUUUCUGGUUUUUGUAAUGUAUUUUCUAAUUGUUUUAGGCUGGAAAGCAUUUUUGCAAGUGUGAAUGACAUCUGGUUUCACAGCACAUGCUGACGUUUUUUUCUUUAUUUUACAAAAUGCUUUUAAUGCCAAAGUUAAUCUGGUUGCUGAGCAGACAUGACGGCCUUGAUGGCCAUCGUAGGACACUUUCUCCUGUAUCAUAGCAUAGUGGGGUGGGGGUUAUCUAGUGUAAUGAAGAUAAUUUGAUAUGAAAAUAUUUUGUAUGUAUAUUUUUACUUUGUUUUCUUAAGUGCUGUUGGCAGUUGCAGUAAGCCCUAGGUGAGAUGUGUAAGUGCCGACUGUAUGACUGGAUGAAGUAUUGCGUUCUUCUGGUGCAACCAGCAUGCCAAGUGGGAAUCACUACAAGACAAGCCUGCCCAGAUGUGCAUGAGGCAGUGAGAAACAAGAACAAAUACUUCACUCUUUUUCAUACUAUUAUAAGUUA